AUGUCCGGGCUGACGGGCUCGCUUGUGAAGGCUGAGAUGGUGCAAUUGCCCAGCUGUCUAGGAGGUGAGGCGGACAAGAAUUACUUCAUCGUGACACUUGAUGGGCUUACCUGUGACCGGAUACAUGCGAUGCGCAGGCUCCGUGUGUCGUACGCAUUUGGUUUGAGCAAGGAAGAUGUCCUUCUGAGUGCUGCAAAACAGCUGCUGGAAGGUCAGGGGCGUGUUGUUCACCGGUACCACUACAUCGAUCAGCUGGAUAAUCGGCCUCAGGUGUUGCAGUCUGACAAGGGUUUGGCCAACAUCAAGUCCAUGCAAGACUUCAAGGGGAAGAUUGAAAAGGCUAUGUUGAAGGCCGGCAAGGUUGUUGAGAAGUCGGACCAGGGGGCUGAGAAAGAGAGCUCAGACUCUGAGGGUGGCAAGAAGGUGCGUCAGCACUCCUCUGGGCGCCUCGGCAAGGUCCAGGGAGUCCCCAAAAGGGACUCUGGUGCCAACUCUGCCAAGAACAGGGAGUCGGAAGUUGCUGCUCUGGAAGACGAUGCAUGCAUACCUGUUGUGCUCCAAUCCGUGGCCAGCGCUCUCGAAGUCACGCCCAAGUGUUUCGCCAACUUGCACAUUGAUCGGAUUCUCAACGGAGAACGUCUCAUACGGAGUGUAGAUGCCGCAAAGCGAGUGUGCGAUGACAUGAAGGACCAGAAGAAAUUCCAGUACAAGUUCUUGCAGAAGCAAUUGGACUUGUGCGAGUUGGCCAAUGGCCUGGUGAAUAAUUUUGAGUCGCUGAGCUGGAGGGAGAUUCGCAAUUCGGUGCUGAAGCUUCUGGAGGGCCAAUGCGUGCUGCCUUGGGGACUCAGACUCAGCAUCACGGGGACGGCAGUGUCGCAGACGCUGCAAGAGAUUGGCAGCACUGGUGUGGAGAAGGCACAUCCAGAUAUCCACAAACUAGUGGACAAGCUCAUGCAGCAGAUCACCUGCUGGAAGCGUGAUGCGCCCUCGGCUGAUCCAGAUGACAAGGAGGCAAGCACCAAUGACUGGUCCGCUGAGAACACCAACUUCAAUGCCUUGGCAGCCGAGCUGGACGAUGACAUCAACGCCAUGGAGGAGGACACGGAGCAAAGCAGCGAGAUGGAGCUUGCGGCCCUGACAGCCCAGAUCCUGAGCAGCUUUGGUUGCAAUGAGUUCUUUGCGAUGCUCGAGAGCCCUAAGCUCCACAAGCACAUCCAGAUCAUCGCAGAGAAGUUCCUGGGGCUCGUCUCAGCAGCUGAUGUUGAGAACUUGGACAUGAACCGGGCUGCCAAGGAAGCGAUGCUGCUUAUCAAGAAGGCUCUGAGCGCGUUGCUCGUUCUUCUUGUGCCAACACCAGGCUACAUGGGCGCAAGCCCAAGUGAUGUGGCGCAAGUUGUGAGCUAUGAGUCUAUGGCCAAGAGCGCUCGCAAGGAUGCAACGACUUCAGACGCUGAAGACUUCAUGGCAGCCCUUCAGAUGUUCCUUCAAGAUAGUGAGUUUUGGCAAGGGAAGAUCGAUGAGGUCCUAGCCAUGGGUACUAGCAGCAUGAAGUUGGGUGACAGGCUCAAAGAUCUCACGACGAAACUUGCUGGCACCGAUGAGGAUGGCAGCUUGAAUGAGCACUUCGUGGACGCCGUGCAUUCCUUCAAAGACAUUGCAGGUGGACUUCGCCGUGGGGCUACAGCGUCUCUGGAGGAGAUCUUGGUGAAGAAAACCCAGCAGUGUGUGGAGAAGCUUUGCGGACAGGAGGAUGUCUCAGAGACAGACGCUGCCAACAUCCAGGUGAUCAUGAAGGUGCUGGACCUCUUUGCGCCGAGCAAGCAUCUUGGGAUCUGA